CAGCAGAGGAGAAACAUGCCGGCCAAGCUUGGAUACUGGAAGAUUCGAGGCCUCGCCCAAAGCAUCCGGCUGCUCCUCGAGUACACGGGCGAGUACGAGGAGCGGCUGUACACGGAGGGCCCCACCGAGUGGCUCAGCGAGAAGGAGAACCUCGGCCUCGACUUCCCCAAUCUCCCCUACUACAUCGAGGACGACCUCAAGCUGAGUCAGAGCAUGGCCAUCCUCAAGCACGUCGGCCGCAAGCAUGGCCUGUGCGGAACGACCGAUGCUGAGCGAACCAACAUCGAUAUGUUGGCUCAUGUGGCCGACGACAUCAGGCUCCACUACAGUCUCUUCGUCUAUCAGAAUUAUAAAACCCAGAAGAUCGAGUACACGAGGCGAAUGCACGUCACUGGAAAUAGAUUAUCACAGUAUUUGGGCAACAAGAAGUGGUUUAUGGGCGACACCAUCACUGUCGUUGACUUCCUGAUGUACGAACUGCUGGACAUACACCUGAAAGUGAAAGACGAUUGGCUUAAGGACUUCAGCAACCUUCAGGAGUUCCACAAGCGCUUCGAGGCCCUGCCAGCCAUCCAGGAGUACAUGGCAUCUCCUCGCUUCAUUCCUGCGCCACUCAACGGGCCUUCGGCACAAUUUGACAUCGUGUAGAGCGUCGUGCAUUUUUUUAAAAGAUAGAACAAAUAGGGGAUAGUAAUUAAAAUUCUCUCUCUCUCUCUCUCUCUCUCUCUCUCUCUCUCUCUCUCUCUCUCUCUCUCUCUCUCUCUCUCUCUCUCUCUCUCUCUCUCUCUCU